AUGUUUUCCACUACCACGUCGCUCAUUAAAUGUGUUCCUACACUUACUAAACAAGUGUCUCUCAGAACAGUUCACUCGACGAAAUUAGCAAUGGCUCCUAUUAAAGUUGGUGACAAACUACCUGCAGUUGAUCUAUUUGAGGACUCUCCAGCAAAUAAAGUAAAUGUUUGUGAAUUAACGUCUGGAAAAAAGGUUGUACUUUUCGCCGUACCUGGAGCAUUUACACCUGGUUGCUCCAAAACACAUUUGCCGGGAUAUAUACAAAACGCCGAUAAGAUGAAGUCUGAAGGUGUAGCGGAAAUAGUGUGUGUUUCUGUUAAUGAUCCCUAUGUGAUGGGUGCUUGGGGAAAUCAGCAUAACACGAAAGGAAAGGUUCGUAUGUUAGCUGAUCCAUCGGGUAGCUUCAUUAAAGCUCUUGAUCUUGGUACAAACCUCCCACCUCUUGGUGGUUUCCGUUCCAAAAGGUUCUCCAUGGUCAUCAAUGACAGCACAGUAGAAGAGCUAAAUGUGGAGCCUGAUGGUACAGGUUUGUCAUGCUCCCUAGCUGACAAGCUCAAACUGAAGGAGUAA